AUGGGAUACACAGAGACCAGAGCCUGGAAAAACCACAUUCACGGAACUCCCUUGGCUUCACUGACUUCAGAUGAACACGGUACUUCAGACAUGCUGCAAAUGAACGCGGCAGAUGUACCCGAGCAGAGUUUCACCAUCCCGCCCAAAGACGACAAGAAGAAAGAUGCCGGAAAAUCGGCCAAAAAGGACAAAGACCCAGUAAAUAAAUCUGGUGGCAAGGCCAAAAAGAAGUGGUCCAAAGGCAAAGUUCAGGACAAGCUGAACAAUCCCGUCCUGUUUGACAAAGCUACAUAUGACAAACUCUGUAAGGAAGUUCCCAACUAUAAGCUUAUUACUCCAGCUGUGGUCUCUGAGAGACUGAAGACUCGAGGUUCCUUGGCCAGGGCAGCCCUUCAGGAGCGGCUUAGUAAAGGACUUAUCAAGCUGGUUUCAAAGCACAGAGCUCAAGUAAUUUAUACCAGAAACACAAAGGGUGGAGACGCCCCAGCUGCUGGUGAAGAUGCAUGAACAGGUUCAGUCAGCUGUACAUUUGGGAAAA